UGCAGCUGAGGUGGGAGAAAAAGUCCUGGCUUGGAGACUUGAGCAGAAAAAGCGAUCCCAAUGGGUUCUUGGAAAGAUUUUCAUUUCUCUCCUUUUCUUCUGUGGAGUCAAAGCAGAGGGGUGAGGCUGAUGUUCUUGUUACUGAUCCUGCAUUUGGGAAACUGCAUUGAUAAAGCAGAUGAUGAAGAUGAUGAGGAUUUAACAGUGAACAAAACUUGGGUCUUGGCACCAAAGAUUCAUGAAGGAGAUAUAACACAAAUUCUCAAUUCAUUGCUUCGAGGGUAUGACAAUAAACUUCGCCCAGAUAUAGGAGUGAGGCCUACAGUAAUUGAAACUGAUGUUUAUGUAAACAGCAUUGGACCAGUUGAUCCUAUAAAUAUGGAAUACACAAUAGAUAUAAUUUUUGCCCAAACCUGGUUCGACAGUCGUUUAAAAUUCAAUAGUACCAUGAAAGUGCUUAUGCUAAACAGUAAUAUGGUUGGAAAAAUUUGGAUUCCUGACACUUUCUUCAGAAACUCAAGAAAAUCUGAUGCUCAUUGGAUAACAACUCCUAAUCGUCUUCUUCGAAUUUGGAAUGAUGGCCGAGUUCUAUAUACUCUAAGAUUGACAAUUAAUGCAGAAUGUUACCUUCAGCUUCAUAACUUUCCUAUGGACGAACAUUCCUGUCCACUGGAAUUUUCAAGCUAUGGAUACCCUAAAAAUGAAAUUGAGUAUAAGUGGAAAAAGCCUUCUGUGGAAGUGGCUGAUCCUAAAUACUGGAGAUUAUAUCAGUUUGCAUUUGUAGGGCUACGGAACUCAACUGAAAUCUCCCACACGAUAUCCGGGGAUUAUAUUAUCAUGACAAUUUUUUUUGACCUGAGCCGACGAAUGGGGUAUUUCACUAUUCAGACCUACAUUCCAUGUAUUCUGACCGUUGUUCUUUCUUGGGUGUCUUUUUGGAUCAAUAAAGAUGCAGUACCUGCAAGAACGUCACUGGGUAUCACUACAGUUCUGACUAUGACAACUCUGAGUACAAUCGCCAGGAAGUCCUUACCUAAAGUUUCUUAUGUGACUGCGAUGGAUCUCUUUGUUUCUGUUUGCUUCAUUUUUGUUUUUGCAGCUUUGAUGGAAUAUGGCACGUUGCAUUAUUUCACCAGCAACAAAAAAGGAAAGACCACACGAAACAGAAAGCUAAAAAAUAAGGCCUCGAUAUCUCCUGGACUCCAUCCCGGAUCCACUCUGAUUCCAAUGAAUAACAUUUCUCUGCCACAAGGAGAAGAUGAGGACGGGUAUCAGUGUCUGGAGGGCAAAGAUUGUGCUAGCUUCUUCUGCUGCUUUGAAGACUGCAGAACAGGAUCUUGGAGGGAGGGAAGGAUACACAUACGCAUUGCCAAAAUUGAUUCUUAUUCUCGAAUAUUUUUCCCAACAGCUUUUGCCCUGUUCAAUCUGGUUUAUUGGGUUGGCUAUCUUUACUUGUAA